UGGGAAAAUGGCCGCCGUCCAUUCAUUGAACUACUUCAGAUCUUGUCGUAAUUCAUUGACCCUUGUACAAUUUAUACGGAUUUAAAGUGCCAUCGAAGAGCUUAUUCAAAUGGCAAAAUGAGCAAAAAAGUUAAAGAAAUGAUUGGUGGCUGUUGUGUUUGCUCAGAUGAGCGUGGCUGGAGUGAAAAUCCUUUAGUCUACUGUGAUGGUGCAGGCUGCAAUGUAGCAGUCCAUCAGGCAUGCUAUGGUAUAGUGCAAGUUCCCACAGGGCCAUGGUUUUGUAAGAAGUGUGAGUCACAAGAAAGAGUUGCAAGAGUGAAAUGUGAGCUCUGCCCUCAGAGAGCUGGUGCCUUGAAGCGGACAGAUGCUGGUGGAUGGUGUCAUGUUGUCUGUGCCUUAUACAUCCCUGAAGCCUGGUUUGCUAAUGUUCAAACAAUGGAGCCCAUUGUUUUAAGUGCAGUCCCACAUGAAAGGUUUAACAAGAAAUGUUACAUUUGUGAAGAACAGAAACGUGACACUAAAGCAACAGCUGGCGCAUGCAUGCAGUGCAAUCGAAACAGCUGCAAGCAGUUUUUCCAUGUCACUUGUGCACAAGCUCAAGGUCUGUUGUGUGAAGUGACAGGCAGCUAUGAAAAUGUCAAAUACUGUGGCUACUGCUCUCAUCACUACAAAAAGCUGAAAAACCAUUCGAAUGUGAAGACCAUCCCAGCAUUUAAGCCUAUUCCCAGUGAGAACGGAACCCCUGACUCCAGCCCUGAGAAAUCAGUGCCAAAUAAACCUGAAGAAAACAAGACAGUAGAGAGCCCUGCUAUUGUUGAAGUGAAGAGCCCCCAGGUGGACCAGUCAGUCAGCAGCACAAGUGACACUGUCCCGUCCAGCAGCUCAGCCCCGGUGCCUGACUCAGCUGUGUCCCCACCCUCUGACCACAGCCAGGAACCCUCUUCCUCUGGCGUUGUCUCCACCAAAAGUAUUCCUGAAGGAAACGCCUGCUCUUCCACUGAAAGCUGUGAUGUAGCUGAUACUGCUCAUGUUUUAGAACCUGCAGCGCUACCAAAACGCCACAGACCUGUUUCUCUCAAAUGUGACAAGCCCUCAGUGAAGAAAAGUAAAGCUAGCAGCAUCACUUCCACUGUCCCUCACAGAAAAGAAGGACCAAAAAAACCAAGCAAGAAACAUCGGGACCCAGGGAACACCAUGUCGCCUAACACCAGCACUACGUCCACUCUACCUGGUCAUCAUGAUUACUGUGGUAGUAUAUUUGGAGGCAGUCCAUAUUUUCAGAGUCUUAGUGCCCCAGGUCGAGUCUCUUUACAACAGGCAUUGUUCACAAGCUUACCCUACGAUGGGGACAGCUACCUGUAUGCUACAGAUGAUUGGAGCGAUUCAGGAAAUGUUUCCAGCCAGCUGAUCCCGCCACCUAAACAGUUUCCUAGUUUAAGUUGUUUGUUGCCUAAAUCUGACCAGCCACAUAGUUUCCCCUUGACAAUGGAGCAGCUGCUGGAGCAGCAGUGGGAGCAGGGGGCGCAGUUCUUGAUGGAGCAGGGCCAGCACUUUGAUGUUGCUGCACUACUCAACUGCUUGCAUCGACUAAAAGGAGACAACCAAAACCUUGAAGAUCAAGUGAGAGAGUUGACGUCGCGACGCAAUCAUCUGAUGGCAGUCAAUGCCCGUCUCUCAUUGCCACUGUCACUCUAUGACAGUUCCAACAGCUCUUCAGUGGGGAGCCUCGAAGACAUAUCUUCACCUGAUGAUGUGCAGGCACCUAAACUUGCUCCUACAGUGCAAAUACCAUCCAACUCUGAUCUUAUUGUUGAGGACAUUCUAAGUCCUGUUGAAACAGAAAGUUCUUCAUUGUCCUCAAACCCUCUAAAUGCAGGCUAUUUUCCUGAUCAGGUGUGUCCACCCCAACCACUGAUGUACUCUGUGGUCAACCCACCCCCAGCUAAUCUGCCAGCUCAGCAAACAGCACUGGCUGAAAGCUCUCAGUUCCCCAGCUUAAGUGGACUCACCUUGUCCAAUUGUAAACAAGACACAACUUGAUAUAUUAGCUCACAUCAGUACCUUAUGGACACAGCCUGGUACUUGACAGUACCUUAUGGACACAGCCUGGUACUUGACAGUACCUUAUGGACACUUGUCAGUACCUUAUGGACACAGCCUGGUACUUGACAGUACCUUAUGUACACUUGUCAGUACCUUAUGGACACAGCCUGGUACUUGUCAGUACCUUAUGUACACUUGUCAGUACCUUAUGGACACAGCCUGGUACUUGACAGUACCUUAUGGACACAGCCUGGUACUUGACAGUACCUUAUGGACACUUGUCAGUACCUUAUGGACACAGCCUGGUACUUGUCAGUACCUUAUGGACACAGCCUGGUACUUGACAGUAGCUUAUGGACACAGCCUGGUACUUGACAGUACCUUAUGGACACAGCCUGGUACUUGUCAGUACCUUAUGGACACAGCCUGGUACUUGUCAGUACCUUAUGUACACUUGUCAGUACCUUAUGGACACAGCCUGGUACUUGACAGUACCUUAUGGACACAGCCUGGUACUUGUCAGUACCUUAUGGACACAGCCUGGUACUUGUCAGUACCUUAUGGACACAGCCUGGUACUUGUCAGUACCUUAUGUACACUUGUCAGUACCUUAUGGACACAGCCUGGUACUUGACAGUACCUUAUGGACACAGCCUGGUACUUGUCAGUACCUUAUGUACACAGCCUGGUACUUGUCAGUACCUUAUGGACACUUGUCAGUACCUUAUGGACACUUGCCAGUACCUUAUGGACACAGCCUGGUACUUGUCAGUUCCUUAUGGACACAGCCUGGUACUUGACAGUACCUUAUGGACACAGCCUGGUACUUGACAGUACCUUAUGGACACAGCCUGGUACUUGUCAGUACCUUAUGGACACAGCCUGGUACUUGUCAGUACCUUAUGUACACCUGUCAGUACCUUAUGGACACAGCCUGGUACUUGACAGUACCUUAUGGACACAGCCUGGUACUUGUCAGUACCUUCUGGACACAGCCUGGUACUUGUCAGUACCUUAUGUACACUUGUCAGUACCUUAUGGACACAGCCUGGUACUUGUCAGUACCUUAUGUACACCUGUCAGUACCUUAUGGACACAGCCUGGUACUUGACAGUACCUUAUGGACACAGCCUGGUACUUGUCAGUACCUUCUGGACACUUGUCAGUACCUUAUGGACACUUGCCAGUACCUUAUGGACACAGCCUGGUACUUGUCAGUACCUUAUGGACACAGCCUGGUACUUGUCAGUACCUUAUGGACACAGCCUGGUACUUGUCAGUACCUUAUGGACACAGCCUGGUACUUGUCAGUACCUUAUGGACACAGCCUGGUACUUGACAGUACCUUAUGGACACAGCCUGGUACUUGUCAGUACCUUAUGGACACAGCCUGGUACUUGACAGUACCUUAUGGACACAGCCUGGUACUUGUCAGUACCUUAUGAUGACUAAUAAUUUUUUUAAUCACGGUUUACAUUUAUUUUAAUUAGACAUACAAGUACUUAAAUUACAUUUGUAAAACACCAUUUUUCUCUAAUAGUAAUAGGAUAUAUGUAAGUAUAUUCAUAAUGUAAGAGUAAUUAGUUAAAAAUUGGUGUAGGUAAGUUUAUGAUUGCAUAGAUUCAUUGACCGGGUGUCAUCUGACAUAAUGCUCUGGUUGUAAAUGUAACUCAAGCCUGUAAACAAUUAUUUAGUGAUGCUACACACUCCCCUUCAUGUGUCCUGUAACUUGAUCAGCCUCUGUAAAUAAAACACUGGAUAACAU